AGUGGCCUCAUUAUUAUCUGCUGUGUCUUGGGUUCUAUUUAUAGCAGGACCAUCACUGGUUCCGGAACCACGCCCAUUCGUCUUCUCACGAAGAAUUUCCUCUUCAACAUUAUCUUCUCUAUUUGCACUGCGUCUAUACCACAAGUUCAAGGCUUUUCAGAAUGGGGAGCACAGGGGAAACCGCCUAUGGUGCAUACACCUAUGAGAAUCUUGAGAGGGAACCAUACUGGCCGACAGAGAAGCUCCGAAUUUCUAUUACUGGGGCAGGUGGUUUUAUCGCCUCCCACAUUGCCAGGCGCUUGAAGAGUGAGGGCCACUACAUUAUUGCUUCUGAUUGGAAGAAGAAUGAGCACAUGACUGAAGACAUGUUCUGUCAUGAAUUCCACCUUGUGGACUUGAGGGUCAUGGACAAUUGCUUGAAGGUCACUGAGGGAGUUGACCAUGUGUUUAAUCUUGCCGCUGAUAUGGGUGGGAUGGGCUUCAUUCAGUCCAACCACUCGGUUAUCAUGUAUAACAACACAAUGAUCAGUUUCAACAUGCUUGAGGCUGCCAGGGUCAAUGGGGUUAAGAGGUUUUUCUAUGCCUCUAGUGCUUGUAUCUACCCUGAAUUUAAGCAAUUGGAAACUAACGUGAGCUUGAAAGAGUCUGAUGCCUGGCCUGCUGAGCCUCAAGAUGCUUAUGGAUUAGAGAAGCUUGCAACAGAGGAGUUGUGCAAGCACUACACCAAAGAUUUUGGCAUAGAGUGCCGUAUUGGAAGGUUCCAUAACAUUUAUGGUCCUUUUGGAACAUGGAAGGGUGGGAGAGAGAAGGCCCCAGCUGCGUUUUGUAGAAAGACUCUCACUUCAACUGAUAAGUUUGAGAUGUGGGGAGAUGGACUUCAGACCAGAUCCUUCACCUUCAUUGAUGAAUGUGUAGAAGGUGUACUUAGAUUGACAAAGUCGGACUUCCGUGAGCCUGUGAAUAUUGGAAGUGAUGAGAUGGUUAGCAUGAAUGAGAUGGCUGAGAUUGUUCUUAGCUUUGAGAACAAGAAGCUCCCUAUCCACCACAUUCCUGGCCCAGAGGGAGUCCGUGGUCGUAACUCAGACAACACACUUAUCAAAGAGAAACUUGGUUGGGCUCCGACAAUGAAGUUGAAGGAUGGCCUGAGAUUUACCUACUUUUGGAUCAAGGAACAGAUUGAGAAAGAGAAGGCUCAGGGUGUUGACCUGGCUGUUUAUGGAUCAUCAAAGGUGGUUGGAACUCAAGCUCCAGUUCAACUAGGCUCACUUCGUGCCGCUGACGGCAAGGAGGCCAUAUAGCUCAUUAAGUUGCAUUGAGAAAAGCCAUGUUUUAUUUAAGUUUUGGUUAUGAUUGAAUAGAAAAUUAUCUAUGGUUCAGGAAAAGUAUUUGAGUUGAGCUAUUAUAUCGAUCUCCUGUUUGUUGUAUGUAUAAGGGAAGCUUUUAUGCUCCCAAUGGAAGCUUUUUGAGGCUGGUAUGUUGGCCUUAAUAGCUAGGCGAUGAUCUGUACCUUUUUAGGAGAUAAAUUUGCGUCCAAGUCCUGUAAUAAUACAUUCGUAUUUUGCUUGUUUGCGUUUAAAAGUACUUGUUAUUCGCAUUUUAGAUA